CUAAUAAAAUAAUGCACAAAUUGUUUUUCAUCUCAUUUCUUUGACAUAUGGUUUUAUAACCCGGCCCAAACCUGUUACACAGGGCCCACCGGUCAGACACACCCACUCGCUGACUCAAGGGGGCCACCACUCAGCUAUACUGCGGCUACCCAAGCUCCUGCGCCGGCUUCCUCUGCUCCACUCCACUGCCAUCCGCCCGCCGUGACAAGAAAGCAGAGCAGCUGCGUCGCCGGCCGGCCAGCUCCAUCUCCGCGAUUCCUUCCAUGGCCGGCGGUGGCGUCGUCGGCGCGGGGGCGGACCGCCGGGAGGGCGAGUGGCUGCGCGCGUACGGCCGGGCGGCGGCGAUGGUGCCGCGGGUGGAGGCGCUCGCCGCCGGCCGCGCGCGGCUGGAGGCCGUGAACGCGCUGCAGCACGAGUCCUGGGAGGCCCGCGACGUCCUCCUCCAGUGCCGCCUCCUCCAGGCGGAUGAGAACACGAGGAUGUGGGAGGCAACGUGCAUGGCCCAGCAGCCCUCCGGCGAUGACCGGAUGUUCGCCGUCUGCUACGUUUCGCUUUCUUAUGAUCCGAUAUCCUUGUCCCUGUCCGCUGCAUUCAAUGUAGAACCCCUAAAGAGUGAAAAUGAGGAUUUAAAAGAUUUCAUACAAGUCUUGGAGCUGGAGAACGAGGAGCUUAAGAUAAGAGUGAAGGAAAUUGAAAGUGGCGCAGGGCACUGCCUAAAUGCCGCAGGCCAUGAGCACAUUGCAGGAGAUCUAGAAGCAGUGCUAAGACGAUUGAACCAAGCUCAUGAGGCACUGAUUGCAGACAAGGAUAAGGAAAUUUCAGCACUGAUUGCAGACAAGGAUAAGGAAAUUUCAGCACUGAUUGCAGAGAAGGACAAGGAAAUUUCUGCACUAAUUGCAGAAAAGGACCUCGUGCGAGAGCAGUUUACGACACUGGAGUGGGACUAUGCUGACCUUCGUAGCUACAGCAGUAAACAGGCAGCACAAGUUACUGAAGCAAAGCAAGAGCUUAAGCGGCUGCAAGUGGCAUCCCAGAAGAAGGAUGAUAAGAUUCACAAACCGCGAGCACGAGCAAAAGCAGUUGAAGCCAAAAGGAAGGUGCUUCCUGAGGAUAAGCGACAGGAGAUGACCUGUAUGCCCAAGGAGACAGAUGGGCAAACUGAAAAAUGCAAAGAUGGGCAGCCUGAGACUAGUGAAAAGUGCAACAAGGAUACGAGUGAGACACACACAAAGAAUUGUUCACAAGGUCCUGGUUUAAGGGGGGAAGAAAUGAAAAUUUGUUCUUCUAAGCAAAUGCUAGCAAAAGAUGGGCAACCUCAGACUAGCCUGAAGCGCAAGUGCGUCACUUCCUCCUUACCAAAUUAUAAUGAGCAGAAUGCAAAUGAUGAGGAAAAGAGUAAUCAAGUUCUAGAGCCUCUCAACAAGAAGAGGGUACCAGAGAAAGGGGAAGUGGAGCAAGAUGACAGUAAGGUCAAACUCGCCAACGGAAAGCAAUCGGCCUGCCCAGCAGUCGAUGAACGACAUGCUCCUCAAGAUCCGUGCCGUGAAGGAUAGUUUGAUGGACAAACCUGGCAAGUUUGAGGAGUCGAUGAACGCCGCGAUCCUCUACAUCCGUGCCGUGAAGGAUAGUUUCAGGGACAAACCUGACAAGUUUGGGGAGUUCUUGGCGCUCCUGCGCGGAGUCUAUAGCAACAGGAUCGAUGCUCGAGCCCUCACCAGCGCCUUGAAGGUCCUGUUCGACGGGCGCCCUGAACUCAUCCUUCAGUUCAAUACGUUCAUGACAUCGUAGUUCAAUACCAGACCGAGCUCAGGAAAGACGACAGGGCUGGUUUAAUGAAAUGUGGCCAUGAGUCCCGGCUAGCUAGGAGCAGAUGAACUGAUAACUGCUGCCACUUUUUUUGUAGACUGAUGAAGUUCCAGUCUUCCAUUUUGCUGGUCUUGCCGUGUGUGAAUUCGUUUCCGGAAGCUGAAAAAGUAACGUGUAAAUUAUCUAUUA